ACCAUUUACAGAGCUGAAAACAAGUUUGAAACUCAGCAAUUAAUAUGUUUUGCAGGCCCAGUCUUUUUCAGUGGUGGUGAUUUUGGGAAUUUGGGGCAGUUUUAGUAUUUUUAUAAUUGCAUCCAUCCCCGAGCCGUAUCACCCUUUAUCCCCACAACCGAAUUGUCAUAUUUAAGCUUGGAUAUUUGUCCUCAUGACCUCACUUCUCAUAAUAAUCAUCAUCAGCACCAUCAUGUGAUGUUCUGCUAUUAUCAUCGUCAUCAUUUGUCUCUCAAGCCAUCAGAGUUAUUGUUCCUCUCCCCCUCCCUUCACAUCCAUAUUUUUUUCCUAAAGAAAUCCUCUCAAAACUUAAGGAAACCCUAACCUCCCAAACUCAAAGUCCCAACUUUUUGUGCCUGUCUGAGCCAUGGACUUGAACCCCACCACCACCAACACAUCUCUCACCCAAACCCCAGAUACAGAUACUGAAACCCCACCACAGACCCAGCCCGUCAAGUCCUUAUCCUUCGCCAAUGGCUCCCUCAAGCCCCACAACCGCCAACCCAUAAACUCACCACAAGCACAACCACCACCUUCAGCAGCAGCAGCACCGGUCAUGGUGGUGUCCUACAAAGAAUGCCUCAAGAACCACGCUGCCAGCAUGGGUGGCCUCGCCCUCGACGGCUGCGGGGAGUUCUUGUCCUCCCCCACCGCCACGUACUCCGACCCAACCUCCCUCAAGUGCGCAGCUUGUGGCUGCCACCGUAACUUCCACCGCCGCAGCACUGAAGAUCCCACCCCCAAAAUCCUUAGCAUCCACAACAUCUCCUCCCCAAGUCCAAGCCCAAGCCCGGUAUGUUCCCCGCCACCAGUCUCACGUUUACCACCAUCCCAGUACUACUACUCGUCUAUGCCGCAAAUGCUGAUGUCUCUCAGCACCGCCUCUCCUCAACCGUCGGACGAGUACCACCCAAACUCCCGCCCCACGGUGAUGAGGGCAGAUAACCCACUUGGGAGAAAGAGAUUCCGAACUAAAUUCACUCAGGAACAGAAGGAGAAGAUGUUUCUGUUUUGUGAGAGACUAGGCUGGAAGAUGCCGAAGAGCAAUGAGAUGUUGGUGGAGGAGUUCUGCAAUGAGGUUGGGAUCGAUAGGAGGGUCCUGAAGGUUUGGAUGCACAACAAUAAGAACCCUUUGAGGAAGAAAGAUCUGGGUUGUGGUCAUAAUAGCAGUGUCAAUGAUGAAAAUGGGAAUGGUGAUAGAGUUAACUUCGAGGCCAAUGCCUAUAGCUGCAAAAAGGAGAUUGAUGACAAUGGAGAUGGCAGUCUUAAUCUUCAUGUUUCUACCACUGGGUCUUCUUCUUCAUCUUGAUCUGAGGAUAUGGAGAAGACAAAGUCAGAUCCAUGCUUAUUCGUCCAAAACUGAAGCUUAUCAAUUUCCGGGUGCAAGUUGUUCUGAUUUGCCACCUGCAAACCCUGUCCUUGCUCAUUUAUAGAGCAUUCCUACUUUUGCAGAAACGUGCACCUUGGUCUCGUUGGAGGGAUAAUGGCACUAAUGGGGUUUUGCCGGUUUGAUGUACCCUGGGGUACUGGGGCAAAUUAAAAGCUCCAAUACCUCGUCCUUAUUAGAAAAUUUUCUAAUUGUUACAGUAUCCAUCUGGUAAAUGUAACAAAUACUCCGUACAAAAAAUUGAUAGAUAGGCGCGCAUUCGAUCGGCCUUAUGCUUUGUUUGGCA